CUGGACAACCCGCUGCGAAGAUACUGUAGGUUAGCCAAAUAUGGCCGAGAGCUUAAUCUCAACAGAGCACAUGGACUUGCAAAACAGCCGGUAGGCUACUCUCCGUUUACCGGCUAUGGAGCAUGCUUGCUCAGAUCUGAAUAACUAGCUAGCUAUAGUAUUAAAGCUGACGACUUAAUUACAAGUAUAACCGUAUCAACAAGAUGCUAUCUGACGUACAGCCUGUCGAACGCAGGGCCUUUUCUUAUACUUUUCAAGAAUGAAAAACGGUCAUUCCAGGAAUCAUAACGGGUUUCAGAAUUAUCCAUUCAUUUUGGAUCCUCUUUACGCGUGCCAUAUCUACAAAACGCCAGACGGUUAUUUUUGGUACCGUUAGAUACUUUAUCAUCAAGAGUUGUUUGUCACUCUAGCUAUCUAUGAUCAGUUGGAUAUGUGUUAUGGUCAAUUAUGGUCAAUAUGGUAGCUAUCCGAUCACAUCAGAUGAAGGACUUAUAAAAUCGUAAUUUUCUCACUCUUUCGAAACCUUUAGUUUGCCUUGUAUAUGCCGCCCUCUUCCUGGUUCCCCGUCAGUAAAUUAUUCUGGAGCGAGUUCAUGCUUUUUGACGCUCUCUCGUUGCUAGUCUUGCUAAUCUGUAGUGUGGUAGUACAUGGUACGAGUACCACAAGAACAGCAUCGCCGGUGGGGACUGAUUUUAUUUAACUAUUGCCUCACCUCAUUAUGAAGACGUUUUUCUGCCAAAGUGACGGUCGAGGUUUCGCCUAGAAGUUGGUGUAACUUUAACUUACCGUCUUGUUUGUACAUUGACCAGAUAGCCCACGAGAAGAGGAACAUGUCUCGUAAUUUGUUUUUGGACUGGAUGUACGGUGGGGUCGACCCGGGGAUUGAGGGUAAUGGGGGACCGGGGUGUGCUGGCUUCCUCAGCGCAAAACAACGGAUCGGAGAGAGCUUUUUCAUCAUUAUGAUAUCCGUCAUAGAGGUUGUUCUCGCGCUACGGAAGAUCAGCAUUCCCAAAGACCUGGACGAAAUGGCAAAAGAGAGCGAAAAGACAAAGAAAGACAGUUUGGGAAAGAACCUGUUGCUUGCAGCGUUGUGCCUGACGUUUGGUGUGGAGGUCGGGUUCAAGUUUGCGACAAAGACUGUGAUAUACCUCCUGAACCCAUGUCACAUGGUCACCAUGCUUCAGAUCUUUUUGCUGGCUUGUCCUCCAAGUAAAACAGCGCUGGUUGUCUUUCGGCUCCAGGUACACAUGCUGAACGGUGCCCUGCUAGCUCUCCUGUUCCCCAUCCUCAACACCAGGCUGCUUCCGUUUCAAAAAGAAGUGUACUACGUUCAACACUGCAUGAUGUUCCUGGUCCCCAUCUACCUCUUCAGGAAAGGGGGGAUAUAUAAACCGGAGCCAUUAGGCGAUAUGUGGUGGGCUGUUCUCGCCACCGGAAUCCUGUUCCUCUACCAUUUCAUCAUCCUGCAAAUCCUGGGGCUGGUGACGGAGGUGAACCUGAACAACAUGCUGUGUCCGGCGGUGUCGGACCCGUUCUACGGGCCCUGGUACCGCGUGUGGGCCAGCGGUCACCAGACCCUGCUCAUCCUGCUCCACGGCAAGGCGCUGGCGGUGCUGUUCCACUCCCCCGGGCCCACGUACCGGGGCCUGCUGGCCUCCGCCGGGCCCCGCGGCAAAAAGAUCGACUGAGUGCAACCGCUCUCUUCUAUCAGUGGACUUACAGGUGGUGGUGUUCAUUUCCAGGUCAGUGUGACCUUCCAGGGGAAACUGCCAUGUUGAAAGCUGGGCGUUCCAGUGUCAGCUGCAUUUGUUCGUUUGUUUAAAAAAAAAAACAAAAAAAAAAAAACACGCAAACAAUGACUCAUUUUUCUCAGGAAGCCUUCUUUAAAUACAUUUAUGUCACGAUGGAAAGGGCCAACUGAAAUCAGUGACAUUGGCUGAAAGUGGUUUACAGUUAUGUGUGUGCAAAAGGCCAAACAAAAACGGCUUUAGUUAUUUUUUUAACAGUUGAUAGAAAGCCUGUUGUUCGUUAUUGUCAUUAAGUGAAAUUGCUUUUAUAUAUAACUGCACGGUUAUGACAUUUCUAACCAGUGGAGGGUCUGUGGGUUUUCUCCCUGCUGGGAUGGCUGACUGAGCUUCUGCCUAGUGCCCUGUUGACCUCUGACCCCUGACCCCAGUGGCAGGAGCAGCAGCCCCAUUUGGGCUCAAGCUGUUCUCUUUCUACAAGGGAGCGCAGUAACCCUGCUGGACUGAGACUGUGUGGCUUUGCAGCCAGAGGAAGAAGACGGCAAGGACAAACCUCACUGAUAGAAACAAACCAGACCUCGACAAAGCCAGUAAUACACCUCUCAUAUAAAGGGAAAGCCAUUUUCUUUGUGGAAGCAUGCCAUGUCAGAAAUAUGCAGACGUUUCAAAUCUUUUGUACUUUUGUGAGUGGAGCUGUACUGUGCAGUCAGAAAAAUAAAAAAAGUCUUGUUUCUUA